AUGCAGGAUCACCUCUUCGUUGAUGAUCCAAAUCUCAUUCAAUUUGACAAUUGUGAACCAUCAACGUCCGAUGCUUCAACACAUAUGGAGCCCAUAGAGCAAAUAGAGGAAUAUGAAGAACUCGAAGAAAUUCAAAUCAUUCCAGAAGAUGAAAUUGGCGAAGUCGUAGAAGAAAUUGUGUUGGGAGAAGACGGCCAACCAACUGUUUUACCCCCAACUCACAUUACUCCAUUCAAUCCAGACGAAGGAGAACCUCAAGAUUCCCCAAUUAUGCCACUCUGCCACCCAUGCAACACUCUUUUCCAAACUUUCGCUGGUUUCGAAUACCAUGUUUUGAAGGAUCAUGUUGGAUAUCGCCAAUUCAGUUGCGCUGUUUGUCAUAAACGUUCGUUUUAUACUGAAGCUGAAGGACGUCAUCAUAUGGAUCAGUUUCAUACGGCAUUUAAACAUUUGGCGUUGUGCAAACAUUUUGACCCAGAGAAAGAAGAAGCGACAAUGGAAUUAUACAAUCAAGUACAUAUAAUGAGAAGAGAAGAUAUUGAUAUAAAUGCUUACGAAGCACAAUGCAUCUACGGACCAGCUGUUAAUCAUUAUAAGAAAUUCAACCGAAUGAGAUUCACGAUUCCACAAUGCGUCAAGAAAAGAAACGCUACAACUCUUAGAAGUGACAAGACUACUCAAGUUGGCGUAUCAGCAUUUUCAAGGAAAAGGAUGUACUUGCCGUUUGCAACAGCUCAACAACGUCAAAUACCGCAAAUGAAUCUCAACCAUUCGAAAUUGAAUGAACCAUCAACAAGUAGCCGUGCUCCGAUAUUUCAUGAAGAUUUAGUCAGACCGAAAAAAAAUCCAAGAUUGAAGAAUGCCAUGUUUCGCGAUUACCAGAGUAGUUCUCGCAUGUCUCGUGGUUACCCUGUUAAUCGUAUACAGAGAGAGGAGGACGUCCCGGGACCCUCAAAUCGUAGCACACCAAUGCGAUUCAUUAGCAAUCGACGUCCAAAUACACAAAAUUAA